UCACUCGCUCAGCCCCGUCCGGGCUGCCCCAGCCUUUAUUAAGGGCCCGGGCUCCUGCCUCUCACUCGCCUCGCCUCCGCUCCGCUCGCGCUCCGCCCGCUGCAGACGCUCGCGGGCCUCGGGCCGCCGCCGCGGGAAGCCUGGGGGAGCCCCGUCCCCCCGCAGCCAUGCCCCGCUACGCCCUGCUGCUCUGCGUGCUCUGGGCGGCCGCGGGCGCCGAGACCUCGGACGACUACGAGCUGCUGUACGUGAACCUGGACAACGAGAUAGACAAUGGGCUGCGCCCCACCGAGGACCCCACGCCGUGUGACUGCCGCCGGGAGCCCUCCGAGUGGGACAAGCUCUUCAUCAUGCUGGAGGACUCGCAGAUGAGGGAGGGCAUGAUGCUGCAGGCCACCGACGACGUGCUCCGCGGCGAGCUGCGGGGGCUGCGCGCGGAGCUGGGCCGGCUCCUGGGCGCGGUGCUGGAGGAGCUGCAGCGCACGCGAGCCGACCUCGCCGAGGUGCAGGGCUGGGCGGCCCGGCGCUGGCUGCCCGCAGGUUGUGAAACGGCUAUUUUAUUCCCAAUGCGUUCCAAGAAGAUUUUUGGAAGCGUGCAUCCGGCGACACCAAUGAAGCUUGAAUCUUUCAGUGCCUGCAUUUGGGUCAAAGCCACAGAUGUCCUAAACAAAACCAUCCUGUUCUCCUACGGCACGAAGAGGAAUCCAUAUGAGAUCCAGCUGUACCUCAGCUCGCAGUCCUUAGUGCUCGUGGUGGGCGGAGAGGAGAACAGGCUGGCGGCCGAGGCUGUCAUUUCCCCGGGCAAGUGGACCCAUCUGUGCAGCUCCUGGGACUCAGAGACAGGGCGCACGUCCCUGUGGGUAAAGGGUGAGCUGGUGGCGACCGCUGUUGGGGUGGCCACGGGCCACGUUGUUCCCGAGGGAGGAAUACUGCAGAUCGGCCAAGAAAAGAACGGCUGCUGUGUGGGCAGCGGCUUUGAUGAAACACUGGCCUUUUCUGGAAGACUAACAGGCUUCAAUAUCUGGGACCGUGUUCUCAGCAGUGAAGAGAUAAGAGAGAGCGGAGGCGCAGAGUCUUGUCACAUCCGCGGAAAUGUUGUUGGGUGGGGAGUCACCGAGAUUCAGCCACAUGGAGGAGCUCAGUACGUUUCCUAAGUGUCAUGAAACUCUACUUGAAGCCAAAGAAAGAAACUCACAUUUUAAACAUAUGCCACUUGGGAAUGUCUAAAGACCUCAGUGCAUAGUAAGAACACUUGAGACUAAUGAAGGAGAGAGUUGAGAUCAAUCUUUAUUUAUCUUGGCAAAAUACUGAAUAAACAGUUGAACGAGGACAUUGGAGAAGGCUUUGGGGGAUAUUGUUACUAGACUUUAUGCCACGGUGCUUUCAAAUUAAUGUUGUGUCUUUGUCAGAUAAACUGUCAAAUAAUUAAAAAAGACUGUAUUGUUGAACAGAAGGACAAUUGUUUUACUCUUCUUUGGUUGAUUUUGUUUUGUCCAGAGAUGACUUGUACGUUGUAAGAAUAAUGAAAUAACAUUUGUUGUCCAUUGCUCAUUGUUAUUGGCAUGUACGUUUUUAUAAAAAAAUAAUGAUGAAACAUAUUUAUACUACAAUGUGACUUAACAAAUACAAAUGUAGUUUAUGUGUUAUAAUCAAAUGUCACUUUUUUGAGAAGAUAUAAGUUAUAUUGUAAAAUGGUUUUGUAUUAAUUUUAUUAAGACUAUUUUUGUAAAUAAAAUAUUUUAUAAACCUA